UACCGCGGGCCGUUACGCCAGCGCGGACUGAUGAUGUAACCACUGCUUCCGGUCUCUGGCGGUCGCGCCCCGGCCAGCAUGAUCCGCUGGGCCCCCCGCACAUCGCUUGGAAAAACCCACUCGCCCUGGACGGACCCUUCGGCAGCCUCAGACGGUCUUUGAGGAGGAUGACUGAGACACUAUGGGCCACGCGCUGUGUGUCUGCUCUCGGGGAACUGUCGUCAUUGACAAUAAGCGCUACCUCUUCAUCCAGAAACUGGGGGAGGGUGGGUUCAGCUAUGUGGACCUAGUGGAGGGGUUACAUGAUGGAUGCUUCUACGCCCUGAAGCGAAUCCUGUGUCAUGAGCAGCAAGACCGCGAGGAGGCCCAGCGAGAAGCAGACAUGCAUCGCCUCUUCCAUCAUCCCAACAUCCUUCGCCUUGUGGCUUACUGUCUGAAGGAACGGGGCCCUAAACAUGAGGCCUGGCUGCUGCUACCCUUCUUCAAGAGAGGUACGCUGUGGAAUGAGAUAGAAAGGCUGAAGGACAAAGGCAACUUCUUGACUGAGGAUCAAAUCCUGCUGUUGCUGCUGGGUAUCUGCAGAGGCCUUGAAGCCAUUCAUGCCAAGGGUUAUGCCCACAGGGACCUGAAGCCCACCAACAUCUUGCUUGGAGAUGAGGGGCAGCCAAUUUUAAUGGACUUGGGUUCCAUGAAUCAAGCAUGCAUUCAGGUGGAGGGCUCCCGCCAGGCCCUGGCCCUACAGGACUGGGCAGCCCAGCGAUGUACUAUCUCCUACCGGGCUCCAGAGCUCUUCUCGGUGCAGAGCCACUGUGUUAUCGAUGAACGGACUGACGUCUGGUCCCUAGGCUGUGUACUGUAUGCCAUGAUGUUUGGGGAAGGUCCUUAUGACAUGGUGUUCCAGAAAGGUGACAGUGUGGCCCUUGCGGUGCAGAACCAACUCAGCAUCCUGCAAAGCUCCAGGCAUUCUUCAGCAUUGAGGCAGCUGCUGGCCUCGAUGAUGACUGUGGACCCCCAGGAGCGCCCCCACAUUCCUCUCCUCCUUGGUCAGGUGGAGGUACUGCAGCCCCCUGCUCCUGGCCAGCACACUACCCAAAUCUGAAGAAACCAGUGGCCAUGAGGUAGACCCCUUGUGCCUUAGAAAGAGGCUCCUGUGUCCCUCAUUGGACUCUCUAUUGAUUCCAUCCUAGACUGCUCUCUUACAGUUGAUGGAAGGGGAGAGGUGGGGACAGCCAUCUUGAUCCCACACUUGCGCUUCUGCUCCCUACCCCCUAGAGCAACAAAUGGACAAGGUGCCUGAUCGAGCUGGCGAGUGGGGGUCAGGAGAAAGGGAAACUGAUACAAUAUGGUACACAGCUCUGAGCGGGACUGCUGAGCUCACAUCAUGGUCUGCCUCCAAAUAUGGGAGCAGGAGAAUGUAUAAACAGAAGAAUAAAGUGAAAGCAGGCUGGUAUGGUU